UCACCUGAAAGUAACCUACUUUCUUCAACUAAACCUUUCAAAUUCAUGUCUAGUUAUCAAGUGGUUGCUAGCACCAGCAGUGAGGAUCAAAACCCUGAUGAAAAUGUUAUCAGGGACAUACAUGCCUUAACCCCAUCAUCAGUUUCUGUUCUACCUCCACCAACCCACCAUCCUCUUGGAUCAUCUGUAUCAAUGGUUACAAGUGAUCAUGGAGCCUUUCGUGAUGAUUUUUCGAGUGCUAAUAGUACACUGGUGGUGGCUGGAUCGGUGAUAGGGAGCACGGGAGUUGAAAACGAUAACCGGGAAGAAUAUGAAGUUGAUUUGCAUAAUCGUUCAGUACUGUCGCCAGCUAGAAAUGGGAGAGAAGUGUCGGUGCCGGUGAGAAGUGUGAAGAAAGAGGAGGUUGAAUCGAAAAUAAUGGCAUGGAAGAAUGCUAAGAUAGCAGAGAUUAUGAAUAGGUUCAAGUGUGAGGAUGCCAUAAUCAAAGGGUGGGAGAAUGAGCAGGUUCAGAAAGCGAAUUUAAAGAUGAAGAAAGUCGAGAGGAAACUGGAGGAGAAAAAGGUGAGAGCGAUGGAAAAGAUGGAGAACGAGAUAGCGAAAGCGCAUCAGAAAGCAGAAGAAAGGAGAGCAUCAGCUGAGUCCAUAAAGGGAACCAAGAUGGCUAGGGUUCUUGAAGUGGCUAACUUGAUGAAAGUUGUUGGAAGAUCUCCUGUUAAGAACUUCUUCUAAUUAAGGUUUGUGUGUGUGCAAUAAUUAAGGACCCAAACCAUGAUUAAUUAAGAUGGCUUCUUCGAUCGCCUUUUUUGAGUUGAAGUAUUGCUGUACCUUUACUAGCUACCCGAAGUUCAUCUUGUAAAUUAACGCAAGAAAGUUGUGAAAUUGGGUGUGUUUUAGAGUCAUGUUUACAGAAACUGUUUAAAGUGUUGUAUGAAACGGUUGUAUUUUGAGUAACUUAUUGAUAAAGUCGGUUAAAAAUCU